GCCGGGCACCGCACAAUGAUGGCCGCCCCUUCGUGGCUGUUUGAGAAGAGGCACCUUAAAAAGCCACGAUUGGGACCUCCUGACGUUUACCCGCAGGAUCCGAAACAAAAAGAGGAUGAACUCACCGCUAUAAACGUGAAACAGGGGUUUAUUACAAAUCCCCAGAUCAACGACGAGUAUGGUUCCGCCAGAAAUGCCAACAUCACCUCCGCAAAAUUCGGAGCCUUCUUCAGUGCCAUUCUUUCUAAGAAACAAGAACUUAAUACGAUUCAAGAUUCGUCCCGAAAGAAACAGCAGAUAAACACCAAAGAGCAUUUUUGGCCAGUUACCGCAAGGUCCAAGAAUGCAAUUGAGGCUUGGUUUCGUGAUCUUGCUGGCUCUAAACCACUUACCAGCCUGGCAAAAAAGGUUCCCAUAUUCAACAAAAAGGAAGAAAUCUUCUUAACACUGUUUGAGUUCUCAGUGCCUAUGCUUCGGGCUGCUUGGUUUAUCAAAAUGACCUCGGUUUAUCACGUUGCCAUUUCCGAAGCAAAAAUGAAGAAACGGCAACUCCCAGACCCGUGCCAAGAGUGGACUGCGUCAUUGUGCAAAUUUCUGCGGGAGCUACUACACAAGCUGGUGGAACAUAGCCAUCCGACAGGCCCACCACCACCUCCACCAGGAGGGGGCGGUACCACACCAGGUGGUCCUGGUGGUGGAGGCGGGGCAAGUCCUGGUCCUCCUACAGCUACACCUGCUGCUCCCAGCAUUCCACCUGACACCACCAUUGCCAAGCAGUGGCAUUACUGCACCAACCUGGCCUCGCACCUCUAUGAGGAAGGGCUUCUGGAUCAUCAGGACUUUCUCAACUGGGUUCUGGAGCUGGUUGAGAAGACCAAGAGUCCAGAUGACCCCAUCUUGAAGCUUGUCAUGCCACUCACAUUGCAGUAUGUGGGUGAGUUUUCUCGUUCUGAGCUGCUGUCACGGCGGCUGGCUUAUCACUGUUCCAAGAAGCUAAGUCAGCUGGUUGCUGACUACACCGUCAGCUCUCCGAGGAGCCAGAGUCCAGUCACACUAACUGCCACUUCAACAACAAAUGGCGGGAACACUGUGUCUCCAGUGCCAAAUCCUCCCUCCAUCAGUCCUCUGGCGGCAAGUUUCGCAGAAUGCCUCAGCUGUUCUCAUCAUCGUUCCAUUGUUCUUCAAUUAUCAGUUGUUCUACAGUACAUCACACUGAAGUGCCCCACUGCUCUUGUGUGGAACAGCAUCGGUGAAGGCAAAGCGAAUCCCAUUCUGAACGGCAGUCCCUUAGACCUGCUUCCAUGCCCACCAUCGUGUCUGCCCAUGCCACCAAGGUCUUUCAAUGCUCAGGUGCGGCAAGAACUGCGACGGGUGGAGCAGCAGGUGAUUCAGCGAGGGCGAGCAGCCGAGAUGCACUGGUCAUGUGACAAGUGGCAGCAAAUGGCCGCUGGCACAACCAUCACACGUGUGCUGGGAGUGCUGGAUGCCUUGGACAGGCAUAGCUUUGACCGAGUGGAUGCCACCAACUCGCUGGACACACUAUACUCCAAGGUUUUUGCCAAAAGUGGUGACCCGCCCCAGCCCGUGGCCACUGCACCUGGUGCAAGUCCUGGCCCUGGGGUGGGGACAGGAGGUAGUGGGGGUAACACAGAAGGGGCUGGGCCACAGUUGUCCACGCCUCCUCCGCAAGACGAGCCCAUUGUGCGACUUCUGUGUGAGUGGGCCGUUACGACCAAGCGCAGUGGCGAGCACCGGGCACUUGUCGUUGCCCGCCUGCUUGAGAAGCGCCAGAAUGAGCUCAACAUUGAGAAAUACAAUGACGCUGACCUGGUGGACGAGAAAGAUUCUCAGGACUCUGGAAUGGCACCAACGGGUUUGCCCAUAUUCCAAAACUUGCUCGUCAAUUUCCUUGACAUGGAAGCCCCUGUCCUCGAUGACAAGCCAUCUCCCGAGAACCGGACAGCCUUUGCCAACCUUGUGCUGCUGUUUGCCGAGCUGAUCCACUGUGACGUAUUCUCCCACGAUGCCUACAUGUGCACCCUGAUCUCGCGAGGCUACUUUGCCAGUCACCCACCAGGGGGUGCCGGGCUGCCUAGUGUCAUGGGAACGGGAGCAGGCAGUGUUAGCGGUGCCCCGCGUGCUCCAUCGCCUGAACCGUCGCUCACGGGCUUCCUUGACCCAAACCUGGGCCCCUCACCCAGCCAUGGGAGUGCCAGCAACCCUGGUAAUGCUAGUGGCAUGUCCAUGGGUCUUGGACUGGGCGACUUGGGCAUUGGAAGUCUGGGGGAGCCCUCUCGCCAGGCUGACUCUCUGCACAUGUUUGAGCCGGGUGCAGUGAAGCAUGAGGUUGGCUGGGGUGUUCAGAUGGACAUGGAUGAUGCUGGACUAGACGCUGACCUGGAUAACAUCUUGCAACGCAUUAAGGAAGGCCAGCAGAACAUGAGUGACCAGCCUGACUCUGUGGGCUCGGACAAGGAAGAAGGGGGCUCGUUGCAAGGCCCCACCACGCCCCUGGCUGAGACUCCAGGAGGUGGGGGAGCAGGGAUAGGUUCCCAGCCUGGUGGUGGGGCCUCAGGCGGCGGUGGGGCUCCAGCGAGUGGGGUGCGCAGUCCCAACUGGCCCCUGCGGCACCUGCAGUACACCACACACUUCCCUCUGCCACAAGAGGAAGGGGGCCUCUGGUCUCAUGACUGCAACCAACGGCACAUUCUGCUCUACGGUGUGGGAAAGAUUCGCGAUGAGGCGCGGCAUGCGCUCAAGAAGGUCACCAAGGAACUACAGAAGCUGUUUGCCAAGAAGGCAUCCAUGGACAUUGCUGACGGGGGAAAGGUGAAGCGACAUGCUCGUGAAGGUUUCAACUUUGAGGCUGUCACAGCAAGAUUCCAGUCUCUCUCUUAUUUCGACCAGCAUGUGGUUGCCCAGACAUGUGCUGCAUCAGUGGUGGAGAUGUUGGCUGGCUUUGCUGCAGGAUCCUCCAAUCACCUUCCUCUUGUUGACUACAUUGCCUUUCUCUUUGACCUUAUGGAGCUAUCCUUUAAUAUUCAUGGCUUGAUCGAGUUUGGCCUUCAGUUGCUGAAAGAGCUUGUUGAAGUUGAAAACCAGCUUGCGCAGAAGGGCUCUGCUUUGAGUGGAACAUAUGCAACGUCUCUAGGCUUGUACAUUGUAGGCCUCUUUUAUAGAUACCAUUGCUGCCUGCUUGUGUGCCAAGAUUACACAUUACAAGCAUGUGAAAGUUUGUGCAAGUUAGUGAAGAAUGUUGCCAACCCUGCAGAGUGCAGCUCUGCGGAACGCUGCAUACUCUGCUACCUCCACGACCUGUACUCUUCAUGCUCCUACCUCAAGUCGAAACAUUCCGAAAUUUUCGGCUCUUUCUACUCAAAAGUCAAGCAAACACUGUACGCCCCUCAAACACCGUCUUCUCUCAACCUGCUUUGGAACAGUUCAUACAUGAUUGAGUGUGUAAACAACCCCAGGGUUAGGGUUGAUCCCCAACAAAUCAAGCAGCUCAGUGAAAAUUCCGCAUAUAGGUACAGCUUUGUUUGCAAUGCUGUUCAGAGCAUCUCUGUGGCACAAGACGCAGACAGGCUUAAUGACAUCUCUCUCCUGUGUGCUGAACUUACUGCCAGCUGUGGUCUGCUUAGUGCUGAAUGGCUGGGUGUCCUCAAAGCUCUAUGCUGCUCGUCUAAUCAUGCAUGUGGCUUCAUUGACGUCCUGACACAAGUUGACGUGGGGGACCUGUCCAUCCAUGACAACCUGGCAGUCUUCACAUGCAUCCUGGUGGCAAGGCGGUGCUUCUCCCUCCAGGAUUUCGUUGUGCAUGUGGCCAUACCGUCGCUGCUCUCAGCUAGUCCUGUGGGUGGUGCCGCAGACCAGGAUGCAGAGUUGGGUGCCCGGCUGACAUGCCACUUACUUCUGCGGCUCUUUCGCACGGUGGACUCCACACCGCCUGCUGGGAGUGCGAUACCCCUUCCGCGGCCUCUCUUUCUCAUUCGGUCUCCAUGCGAUCGGCACCUCUUGUCAGCCGCUCACAGCAGCAUGCGUGUUGAGCCAGUUCUUGCAGUCCUCAAGGCCAUCUUGCUGCUCGGCGAUGCUAGCACGCCAGCCUUGGAGGCCAAAGCGAAGCUGGACUCAACUCAGGGCAAAGGAGAACCCAGCAUCAAUGACCUUCUGGGCCCAAUAGAUGACACAGACUUUGACCUCAGUGUCCCUCCCAGCUUGGGCAGGCAUCCAAGCAGCGUGGGUGCCCCUCGAGGCACAGGCAUUGAGAGUGCUGGCCUGAAUGACUUUGCCAAAUAUGCUUUGGGCCAGAUCUGCAGCCAGCAGUGGAUUCACGAACGCUGCCUCAGGGACCCUGAUGUACUCUGCUCACCGGACCUGCUGCUGGAUCCGAUGCUAUCACACAAACAGGCAGAGACAUUGCUGCACAUGAUCUGCCAUCCCAAGGGCGGUAGCAGUGGCAGCACAAAUUCGUGGCUUUCCCCCGGCGCAACUAACAAUGGCGCUGACACAUUUGGUACCAUUGUGGGGAACAGUGCCUGCGGAAAUAGCAGCAGCAGUUCGGGAAGCGGCGCCAGUGGUGGUUCAGCAGGUGGUGGCUCAAGCCCCCAUGAAAGAGAGCCGUGUGACCAGCGGCAGUUGGUGAGCCGGGUCCUGCUGGGCCUGGACCAAUGGAGCAUGCGGGUGUCAUGGCUAGAGCUGCAGUUGCGCUACAAGCAGUGUGCCAGCCCUGCUGAAGUCAACGCGUGGCUGGACAGUGUAGCCCGGGCCACCAUCGAUGUCUUUCAGCUGACCAGCGAAGAGUCGCCCCUGCCUCUGUCAGCCCGGUCAGCAGGGGGCGACCCAGCAUCACCAGUGCCGUUUGCUCGGCUCAGCGGUAAUGGCGGUGGCAACUAUGGAAGACAAGAAAACGACCGCAUCUGGUUUGUGGCUCCGCUAAUAGCCAAGCUACCUGCUGCAGUUCAGGGCAAGGUCCUGAGGGCUGCUGGGCAAGUUUUGGAGAGUGGCAGUUGGGCUUGCAUUGCUUCCUCCUCCUCUUCUAAAAGCAAGGACAAAGACAAGCAGGUUCAGAGAAGUGCGUCCCUGCUGAGCCACCAGCCAUUCCUCUCGCUGGUGCUAAUGUGCCUCAAGGGCCAGGACGAGCAGCGGGAAGGCCUUCUCAACUCCCUCCACUCGCAGCUCUCACAGUGUGUGCACAUCUCCAAGGACGAGAAACCGAUAGCAGAGGACUUGAAGAGUCGUUUGCUACUGCAUGAGGCACUGCUUCUGAGGCUAAGCCUUGUGGGUGGCAUGUUCGACAUGAUUCAACGUAACACAGGCUUCACCACUGACUGGGCCCUGCUGCUUGUGCAGCUUAUCAGCCAUGGGGUCGUCGACCUGCACUGCAACUUUGAACUCUUCACUACUGUCCUUGACAUGUUGGCGGCACUCAUCCACACAACCCAGAAUGCUGACAGUGUGUCCGGAGAAGAGACACGCAAGCAAUAUCUCAACCUUGUAAAGAAGAUGAAGAAAGAGGUGUCAGACGUGGACACAGAAUCCAUGAAAAUGGUGCACCAGCUGUUGCCUCUCACCAAACAUCAAUGUGAGGUAAUCGCCUGUGAGCCGAUGGGAAGCCUGAUUGACACCAAAGGAAACAAGAUCGCUGGUUUUGACUCUAUAGACAAGAAGCAGGGUCUUCAAGUGGCUGAAAAACAGUGUGUGAGUCCCUGGGACUUGCUGGAAGGUCAGCGAAACCCAGCCCCACUGUCGUGGAUGUGGUUCGGGGCAGUGCGCAUGGAGCGCAAGCCUCGUCUGGAGGAGAUGCCCCGGGGCAGUCUUCUAUGGCACACACACUCGGCCCUGGCCAAGCCGGCUUCCUAUUUCCUCGAACAGCCACCCCUGCCUCCCGAGGAGCUUUUGGAGCCCCCUGCUCCCCUCCCGGCAGCCCCACCGACUGCAGGGGUAGGCGGGCCCCACCUAGGUCCUCCCCCACACUUGGCCCCACCUCCACACCUGGCCCCUCCCCACCACCUUGUGCCGCACCUGGCUCCACCUCACAUUGGCCAGCCCCCUGACAAGCAUCUGCAGAUGCAGCUGCUUGAAGACCCCAAGCGAGCACUGCACGAAAUACACAGUGCACCAUCACCACGUGGAGGUGCCAAGAAACCCAAGGCCCAGAGGCGGCCUCGCAAAGCCAAGGGCCUUGCAGGGCAGGCCCCGCCGGUCCGGGGCUCCCUGGCCUACCCCCCUGAGCAGCAGCCCAUGUACCCCCAGGGACCGCCCCCUCCUCCCCAGCAGUGGUACGGACAGCAGCCGCCGCCCAUGCAGCAGCAACCGUACUAUGCACCCCAGCAGCCCCUGCCCCCAGGAGGACCCCGCUUCGAGCGCCAGCUUUCCCAGUCCAAGGCUGCUCUCAGCUCUAUGCUGCGAGCCCGUCACCCUUCGGCGCAGUUUCUUGGUGGGCCGCCUCAGGGCGCGCCUCAGGGUCCACAGGGUGCUCCUCCAGUCACCAUGCAGGGUCCAGUUGGCGGACCUGGAAACAGUGGUGCACCGCCAUAUGCCCAGCCAAACAUGGACAUGCUGCAGAAGCAGCAGCAGCAGCGCCACCAAAUGAUGAUGCGCCAGCAACAGAUGCGCCCCCAGGGCAUGGCACCUCAACAAGUGGGCCAACAAGGCAUGUUCCACCCCGGCAUGCAGCAGGGAGCACAGGCACAAGCAGCUGGCAUGCAUCACCUGCCUCCACCAGAUUAUUUUCGAGCUGUGGGGGGCAUGAGCCAAAACUAUGGUGGGGGCUAUGGGGGUGGCGGGCCACCUCCGCAAGCCAUGAUGGAGCGCCGCGCAGCGGCCGGCGUCACUGGGGCCCCGCCAGGUCCUGGCAGUGGCAUGAUGGGCCCGGCCCCGCCAGGCUUUGGCCAAGGCUACAACCCAGGGGGGGCAGGGAACACCAUGGGAGGACCCCCUCAACAGUCUGGCAACAUGGGCAUGAUGAGUGCUGCUGCAGCAGGCAUGCAGAACCCCGGGCCACAGCAGUACCUGGCCAACAGGCAACAGUAUGCCCUUGGUCAAGGAGGAGCCGGCGGCGGAGGAGGUCACCCUGGCGGCCCCAUGGUGGGUUCCACAGGGGCCGGCCACCUCGGGGGCCCCGGUGGAGGCGGCCCCGGCCCCCAGGGUGGGGGCGGGGCGCCCCCGGGGGGUCCGAUCCCGGGCGGGGGCGGCUACGGCGGGGGUGCGCCUGGUGCGACCUCAGCUAGUGCGGCUGGCCUGAUGGCCAGCUCCAUGCACCACCAGCAGUUCAUGGCCCUCAAGCAGCAGCAGCAGCAACAGCAGCACCAGCCCCCGCCACCCCACCAGCAGCAACAACAGCACCAGCAGACCGCAGCGCUAGUGGCCCAGCUGCAGCGGCAGCUCUCAGGCAGCGGCCAGGUGCCACCCCAACAGCAGCAACAGCCGCAGGGACCGCCACAGCAACAUUCGGCGUACCAGCACCAGGGUCCCUACUGAAGGCCACAGAUUCCCCCCACCAUUGUAAAUGGCAGCUUUCGUGGCAACAGCCAAAAACAGAGACUAGGACAGCUAUAAUGCAGUGGCAAUCUGAGGCCUUUGCUGCCAUAUUGGCAUCCUUCAUGGCAGUAGCUGGGGUGCAAGCCAUGAUUGAAUCUAGUAGCAGCAGAAGUGGCAUCACUCUGCCCAACAACAUGCAGGACCACACUGAGCCGCAGUUAACUUCUGGUUACUGUUUGAAUGGCAGCCACAAUAGUAGCUUUUAUCGUAGCUGUGACAUCAGAUUAAUGACAUCAGUGAAAGUGCUAGGUGAAGCAAAUGCAGGCAAGCACAAUCAUGAAAUCAAAGGGCAUUGUACUGACAUCUUGUGGGAUGUCAAGAGCAUGACAUGCAUUAGCGUACUGGUGCCACAGUUGCACAUAGCCAUAAUGCACCCCCCCCCCCCCCCCUUCGCUUAGCUGAUUGUGUGCCAGUGCAUUUGUAGGAGGGGGUUAUGCCCCUCUAAAACUUAUUUGUACCAUUUAAUGACACUAGAAUGAGCAAUUUUGAUGCAUUUGCGCACAGUUUUACGUGCCCUUUUCUGAGAAUUGUCUCAGAGCCACACAGACAGCUGGAGGCAUUGUCAAGUUGUAAUCAGGCUUGGCAGUUCUCCUAUGGCAUUGUGCACAGAUGAAAAGUGCCUGUCUGUUGACUGUUUGGCUGUGUCAGCCAUAACAGCUGCACCAACUCUAUACUUGCAGCCUCUGUAUGAAAUCUCAGGGUUCCACUUAAGCCUCCCACUGGUUCUUGGCAAGAGCCUUUGUCCUGACACAAGCUAAAGCCGCAACUGUGCCUGUUGUCACAAACUCAGUUGUGCCAUCACACUUUCUAUACUGGCAUUUUUUGUUGACUUGUGAGGAAUAAUUCUGUAGUUUGCCUUGCUGCUGCUUGUGUGCUCCACUUCCGUUACUUUUGGAGUAAUGUCAAAAAAAGUUUAGCUUGCUCUGUCUCAGUUGCAUAGCUAUGCUGCACCCUAGGCAGAUUUUGAUGCCACUGGAAGUUAUGCUAUAAUUGAUACAAGAGAUUUGCUGUGAACAGUUCCGUGCGGGGGAUUAUGCAUUCAUUUAAAUUCAUAGUGUGUGUGGAAGAACUCACCGGACAUUGACGAUUAGACUGCUAUGCAAAGGCAUGAGGACGGUAGAUGAAGAAACAUAAACGAAUAUUACUAAGGAUAGACUUUCAUCGCCAUUGUUCACCACAGUAAAUGUCUAUUUAUGUUCUUCUUCUAUUGCCCCUGUCUGUGUAUAUUUAUAGUUAUUCUUCAAUCAUGAACCAAAUGGCCAGCAAAAAAAUUUUCUGCUCUCAAAUUUGGAAGGAAAUGAACUGCUGUAUUAGAUUCUUGUCACUGAAUGGUCAGGUCCAAGAACGUGCAACUGCUGUUAAAUGUGUGGUUUGCCUCUGAAUAUUUGUCUGACGUCAACAUGUUUGUUAUGCAGUAUAACUAAACACGGCUGAAAAUGAAUGUGUACAAUGUGUGGCUGUUAAAAGGACACUAAAGAGGAACACAAAGUAAGUUGAGACUGGUAGAGUAGUCUUCUGGAAAACGAGAGCCAAACUUGUCUUUUCGAAUUUCAUGCCUGAAGUAGCAGUUGUAGUACACUAGGACAGAAAGGAUAAAAAGAUGAAGGAAAAGAGAAAACUCGGCCAUCAUAACUGCCUCACUUCCCAGUGGACAGCUCAACUGUCCUGUGGCCUUGGGAAGGAUAUAGGGUAAGAGGAUAAGGGAGGAAAGUUGCAAUAAAAUAGGAGAACAUACAUGGAAAGGGGACAUGAUUUUAAAUUCUAAAACUGCAGUGCACAACAUGGCACUGUUGACUGUGUCAUUCGGCCACCCAGUGUUAUUAUGCGCGACGUCAAGCUAGUCUUUUCGAGUUUAAAAUUUCUUCAACAUAUGCCCUAAUAAGUGGCACAGCUUGUUUGAAAGUAGCCCGAGACAAGUAGAAUAUGUGGUCCAAAAGAUCUAUUCACAUACCAGCUUGUUUAAACUGAUAACACAUUUUGCUUUUAUUUUUAUGCUUUUCAAGCACGCGUUGGGUGAUUGAUGAUUUUCGUAAAUAGUUGAAAAAAAAAUUGUCAAAACAACUCAUUAUCACUGAUUCCAAUGCUUCCUUAUGUUGCGAUUUAGUGAUAGCUUUUGAGUUGAUCUUCUCAUUUACAAUGACAGUUUGAAGAUCUAAGUGAGUCCUUCAGUCAAGGUCACCUGGAGGGUUGAUUGUUUGAAUGAUUCAUGCAUGUGGCAAUAUCCAUCAAGCUUCCACCUUUGGGUGGAGGUUUAAAGUUUGAAAGUCAAUGUGGCCAUAAAGCAGCUACGAGUGACUGAAGAAUUCAUGAGCAACAUGACCAAAUUAGUGGUCCCGAAUCUUCUUGUCAUAACUGGAACUUACCGCUUCACCAAAGCUCAAUCUCACAUUAGUAUCACACUAAUGUGUGAUGUGUGUGUGUUACAGAUUUGAUGAUGUUGCUGGGCAUUUUUAAAAAUGUAAAAUUUUUUGUAGGAUGCUAAUCUUCGCAUAUGGUGACUCUUCCAUGCAUAGAAAAAAAUAUAUAUUUCAUAUUCAGCAAAUGCCCACGGUGCAGAGCUGCAGAGCUUGCUGCAGAGCUUGCCUGCCUGCAAGCACUGCAGCCCUUCAACGUUGCUCUUCAACACACAGCAACAUAAUCUGCCUGAUAUGGUUGGGUCACCCCGUAAAUUGUGAUGCAUUGUAUUUCUAACUGGGGCUGCUGUGAAAUUUAGGCCAGCGAUUGGUUUCGCCUGGUUGUGCUAACCAAGUAUAUGCAUUGUGGUUCCUGAGAAACACUAAAUGGAUUCAACAGCUUUCAUUCACUACUUAUCAGUAUCUAAACCAUCCUUUGGACUUGAUGGGAUGCUAAACAGCAACGUUAAGCUCAGCUGCAAUAGUAAAUCGUUUUCUAAUACCUAAAAAGUCGCUCUUACCAUGAGGAGGAGAGCCUUGGUAAACUGGAAAAUAUGCAAAAACAAAAGCCUGGUAGCAAUGCCCUUUAUGAAGUUCCCACACCAGCUUCCAAUGACAUUAUGGAUUUCGACAGCGUCUCUUCCUGUAUAGUUCAUUAUUUAUCGAUAGAGAAAUAGUACAUUGAGUUCUGAAUCAGCCAAAGACAUCACCAAGAAAAGCUUUUAUAACUCUUUCGGCCUUUAAACAGUGGAAAUGCUGGAAGAUACAUUAAAACUUGUGACAUGAUCAGAAUCCAUCCAUUGAAGGAAUGAAAAUAGAACUUUGAAAGAAUACUUCCCCAGUCUAAACUAAUGAUCUUUUUCAUGUCCCUCUGAGUGAGAUGUCUCCAGUGGCACAAGCAAGCUGAACACCUUACCAACAGCAGGAUCAUGCAUCGGGCCUGCCUAGUUGAUUCAUGGAGUGUGAGAACAGCACUUCUGAAGCAUGCAAGGAGUUCUUUUUUUUUUUUUUCUUUUUUAAACUGCAUUUUUUUAGUACAGAAAGUGAGCCACACUCAAAUUAUAGCGUGCCUCAAACAAUUGAAUGUUGAGUUUCCAAUACUGCUCUAAAGCUUUUCUUUUGCUAAAUGAGCCAUAAUAUUAAUAAAUACAUUCAUAAAUAUUUUACUACUUAACUAAUUUGGCUAUGUGCAGUGAGUGCUGAUGGCUUCUCCAGAUGGCUCUUAGCAAUGCACACUUGAUUUCACCCCCACAUGGCGGGCUUCAAAAAAAAUUUUUUUUUUUUUUAAUUUAGGCUUGGCACACUAGUCAGAACACCUCGUAUAUGCAGGAGUGUUCUAUACUGGGCUGGUUGGUACAUCAUUAGGACGGGAACAAACAGCACUUAAGACGGGAUGGUGAGAGCACGACAGACAAGGUGCCUUGUCUGUCGUGCUCUCACCGUCUCGUCUUAAGCGCUGUUUGUUCCCGACCCUGUAUAUGUUUUGAAAUUUCACGCAAUUGUGCUUUUAAUACACAUGGCCUAAACAUAUAUAACAUAUAUUGCAAGUACAUUUACAUAGUAUAUGGUGUAUUUUGAGAGAUGACAUUUUUCAGAUCAAGCUGUGUAGCUUGAAUAGUAUACAUUCAUCUGAUAUCUACGACAGCAUCAGCAAACAAGAGUGUGAUUAGUGGUUUGUCAUGUGAAGGCGUCCCCCGUGCAGUCACGCACAGUGUGGACCAGUAUGAAAGGAAAUGCCUGAUUCUACAGCACGGUAGUGAUGUAACGCAUAUCUGGAAGGGAGGUUCAAGCCCAUAUCAAAUGUGUAAAUUAGAGUGUCAGGUGUAGACGACUCUUCAAAGCUGCUGGCUUGUCCACGCUCCAAGUUUGCAGAUUUGCCAUUUCAUAGAGCCUAAUAUCCAAAUUGGGGGCGUUGCCUGCCAUUUUUGUUCAUAAUAAAUGAGAAGUAUGUGUCAUCUGUGGCAAUGCCAGGCAGAAAUGUGCCAAUUCUACUGCAGCAGAAUGCUUGUGCCACCUGUGAUUGUCAGUCAGACGCAGUUUAACAAGAAUAUUCAUGUGUAGUUGGUGCUCUUAUUUACAACACAUUUGGUACAUCUCUAGUAAUCAUUGCUUGAAUACCAACUACAGUAAAAUCUCGUUAUUAUGUAGUUGGAUGGGAAUGUGUAUUAUGUACGCACUAAGCGAUGUACAAAUUAACUGACAAUGGCUGAUGAGAGGCUAUAAACUUACCAGCCAGAAAAAAUCCAAAUGUUAAUUCUCACCCAAACACACAUGCAGAAACGUGUUUUUUUUUAGAUUUUUAUAUUUAAAAAAAGUUAUUAUUAUUUUUAUUUUUAUUUUUUGCGAGCAGGCAGCAAAAGAACUGAUUUUCACUUGCCGCCAUGGUGGCCUUGUAGCGACGAAAGCAUUCUCAAACUUGGCAAGGCCGCGAGCCAGUUUCUUCAUCAGGCCCCAAUUCUCUGCGAACGCCCUCAUGACGAUGAGUGCACGCACCAUGUCGGUUACGGAAAGACCAUCAGCCACUUUCACGUCGUCGUCGCGGACGACAUGGAAGCGCCUGAAGCUGUGUGAGCAGGAAACACGUCAUGGCCCCAUGUUUGACAUCACUAUCGGUGGCAACUGCAUCCGUGAAAGGUCCUUGCGCCGCAAUUUCACUAUCUAUGGUCUGCGUGCACAACAUUUCUCUGAUUCUGCGCUUUUACGCUCCAAAAAAUGACGUAAAUACUGCGCACUAACCGUUUGGCAUGUGCUAAGCGACUACGGCUUAAAGGGCAACUCCGGCGAUUUUUUGACCAUGUCGAGCUAAUAAAAUAUUUAGGUUCCCGAGACCCUCCUGUGACGCACCUGAUAGGAGAAUUCUUCCGCAAAGUGGAAAAUAAUUUUAAAUAAGCAAAAAAGCGCAAAACGAAACCGAAACCUGAGCAAGCAGCCGAGCGAACCUCUGCGUGUGACGUCACGAAUGUAUCCCCGGCGGGGAAGGCGCGCAACGCAUGCCGGUCUCGCCCGCGGGGUGAACGAAACCGGCGAAGAGCAGACGCUCAGCUUAUUCGUGACCGCGCCGGACCUUCGGGUGACAUUGUAUGUAAGCUGCACCACCUAUUCGGAUCUGUUAUGAUUCAGAAGAAUUCAAUAGCCACGAAUCGCCGUCCUCCACCACUAGAGCCAGCACCCAUGCACAACAUAUCGCGCUGCGACAUGAAGACCAAGGGUAGCCCUAACCACUGAUAUACGUGCUACUUGCUAUUUUAGGUGUUUUACCCCUCUCAAGGAACCGCGUCGCAUGCUCACUAUAAGAUGUGGAGCACGACUUUCCGCAUUUGUAUCCCACAAGAACACCGCUGACAGUCCAAAGCACCGACCGGUGCAUUUGUUUACAUCGGCAGGUACAGCGACCACUCGUACGUCGUUCGCUUGAGAUAGCCGCUCAUCGGUGACAUCAAUUAAUGUCAGAACAUAUCAAAACACGUAGAUUUUGUGCAUGUAAGCACCGUUACAUCACUCUGGGUCGCGCUGAUACGUGCUACCACACACCUUCGGAAACGGCGAAGCGGGAGACCGUAGUAGGGAAGCGUUGUGCAACCUGCUUAUCAUUCUUCGUAUUCUCUUCAUGCACACAAUUAGUGCUCCGUAAAGUAGACAUAGAUUGGGACAUUGCGCGUAUGAACGCUCAUUUAGAGAAGGUAUAGUUUUCUCGCGGAAACGCAGAUGCCAUGAAGUAUGACAUCGUUGGCAGCUGAACGAGACGGUUGUUUACACAUGCUGUAUUGACGGGGCCUCCGCUUGCUGCCCAUUUGGGAUACGAGACAAACAGUGCACCUCGUAAGCUAAAUAAUGAGUCAGCAUAACAAUAGGUAAUAAUAGACCAAUGGAUCUGCGUAGUCACAUUUCAUUUAGGGAAGCGCCGGCGAGUGCGACCCUAAAUUCGAGAACGGCAACGUAUACGGAUGUUGAUUGCGCGUCGUGUUGUCGCUUCUAGCUUUUUGCGUGUGCACUGUACGAAAUGAGGAAUGGUUUAUUUCAAAUCCGUAUGGUCAAAACUGUACAGAAGCAGCUUUCCUCGUCCUAAUAGCUUAAUUAGCUUGAUAUCACUGGGUCUGGUCCGCCAGCAGCAGACGCACGAACUCGGCCACUGUGAUAGGCUUAACCUCGGCUGAACGUGAUCGGGAUCGGCUCAAACUGUGUUUGCGGAUGGCGAGGGCUGAAGUUCGUGCAGCCAACAACGCAACACCGCUUGCCACCCCGCACCACUUCCCGUCCACAGGGAAUGCAACUUCUCGCGACAGCAACAUCUCACGCCAAGCGCUAUAGCUCACGAUUGUCGACUCCUGCACGCUCUCGUCGCUGUCGUCUGCAUGACCCCGGCAUGCUCUGAGUGGACCAUUCUUGACGUCAUACACAAUGUGGCCUAUAACUGAGGAGGGGGUAAGGUAGGGUGCUCGAGGCAAUAGAUUAAAUUCAUUUGUAAAAAAUCUGUGCAACUCUCAAGCCUGCUUUUUUUAGGACAUGACGGAGAUAUUCAGAGGAACAGACCCAGCGAAUUUCAUCGACAUCCCUUGUCAUCGAAAAAUCACUGGAGUUGCCCUUUAAGCAGUCAGCCAAUACAUUAGGUUCAAUGGCGACAGGGUGGGGGAUUCAUUGUGACUAUAUUGAAAUCGGAAUCACUUAUUAAGCGGGUAUGUAUUAAUGAGGUUUUACUGUAGGUGUUUUUUCUCACAUUGCAUACCCCUAUUAUUUAAAGUGCUACUGACAGCACUCAUUUGGUAUGUUUUGUUACAGUGUGAACGUGGAGUGGGGAUGACUGUUUGAGGUCUUCUCAGCAGCUGAAGUGAAGAAAGCUGGAAACACAUGUUUCUCUGACUUUGACUGGAUGAAUAAUUUUUUCUCACUACAAUUGUGUGCAGCAGUUGGCAAGUUGAGGCAGAUGAGUCACUGUUGUCACUGCUUUAGCCCUUGUAAGCUUGCAGUACAUCAUUUUUUUUUUAAGUUGCAAAUCUGAUGCCAUUAGGUUGCAUUGUACUAAUGUGAACCUACACAAUUAUAUUUCCUUUAAAAAAAGUGUGAGGCUUAGGGAUUUCAACCACCACUGCCAAGCAGGGCUUUUCAUUUGUGGCUGUUUGAACAGAAUCUUCUGCUCUGGAAACAUUCUUUAACAGCUGUGAUGAAUUUUCUUUUUUAUAUUGUUGUAGCUCCUCACAUUGUAGAAUGAGAAUGAAGCAAAUAGACAACUCCCUGUGCUUGGCAAUUUGGACUGUGUGAGGAGAACAUAUUCUUUUUCUCAGGAUUCCAUGACUUUUUAUCACAUGAAGUGGAAAAUAAAGGGCAGCGUGGAAAGAUUGUCAUAAAUAUUUACAUUGACCAACAGGUACCACUUUAUUGAAAGGAAAGAAAUUCGUAUCUCGCUGAUUAGACUUUUCUUUUUAAACGGAGUAUCAAAUUUGCAAUGUCAUCUUCUGAAAAGUGAACAGCUGUCAUGUCCACUUUUUUAUAAAGAUUUUUCUAGGUUUGGGGGUGGUCACGACAAUAGCCGUCGCCACCCAUCCACCCUCAACCAAGCCAUUGGAGUUUGCACGUAAUGUAUUUCAAAAGUUGGGGGGGUCGUGUGGGCGGGUUGAACUUAGAUUGCUUCAUUUCAACAUUUUAUUUUUAGCACAAUUUAUGUUAGGUACUUUUAUUAGGGCCUUGCAGAUUGCCUUCAUUUUGUGUCAUUUCCUAAUGACUCUAGUUUCUGUUUAGACUGUGGUUGUGCAGCAAGAUAUUCACAUACACUUGGGCAUUGAGCUUCACCUGAUCUGUCCCAGGUGCGAGUCUCUUACUGAAGGGCUUUUCUUGUGUUUUCCAUGAUACAGAUUGCUGGACAGUUGGACAGAAAAUGAGAAUGCUAUGGUUAAUGUAAUGUGUUAUCGGCAAUGGGCUUAUGUAUGUUUCUGUGUACAUCUUUGUUCAUGUAUGCUUUCCCAGCAUUGUAUAUGCAACUGCAUUUUAUGCAGUUGUUGCUUUACUGUUGUUGGAUUUUCUUUACACAAGUUUCUGUAUAUAUACACCUAUAUACUUUUCAUAAUUCACACACUAUAUUAUACUGGGCUUUUUAUGCCUUGCAUUUUCUCCCAAUAUACCCAUGAGUGAUGUUUCUUUCUUUUUUUCUUUUUUUUUGUAUGUGGUUAUACAGGGCCUGCACAUGAUUUUAACUUGUGCUGUGGCUGCAGCAUUUCCUUAUUUAUUUUUGUAUGUCUAUUUUUUUUAUGCCUCACUGCUGUCAUUAUAGGAUGUGGCUCUGUACAUGAUUGUUUGCUUAGACAAACCUUUGUGGGUAUGUUUAAUCCUGUUUUAAGAGUCUUUACUGUUAAAUUAUUUGUUGUCGCAAGAAACUGUACAUAAUGUUAAAAAAAAGUCUGAACAAUAAACUGGGAUGUGCAUAGAAAUCGAGUCUGGAAGCAUUGAAUAUAUAAUGCCUGCAUUUCAA